AUGUCUUUAAUCGAACUGCCGCUCGAACUCCUCCAUUUGGUUGGAAGUGACCUCAACCAGAAGGACAUAUCCCGCCUGAUAUCGACCUCGCGUCGAAUGCACAGCGUGUUCCAACGAAAACUCUACACGAACGUGACCCUCGGAGGACAGAAACCGAAUGCUGUCCCAAUAUUUCUCUACACCGUGACCCGAAACCCGAAACUGGCCGGUUAUGUCCUAUCUCUAGCACUUGCGGCCUGGGACACUCUAUAUAGACCCGAAGAAAUCUCAAGAACCGAAGAAAGAAUAGCCUUGUAUGGACUCGACUUUGACGGCGAUCUUAUUCGAAAAUUAGUUGGCGAAGCAACUGAUUACACCGAAGAAGAGAAGUUGAAAUGGCUACACGAUCUCGAGACGUUUGUCGACGAUGCCUGGGUGGCAUUGCUCAUUCCGCGAUUGACUGGUCUACGGAAAAUCGGCUUUGAAUUCCCGUUCGGUUCCUCUCAUGUCGACAGGAUGCUCAAAAAGGCUCUUGAAGAUGGAGGCGCUUGUUUUCCUCACCUCGAAGAAGUCAAUAUGUGUUGGUACGAUACAGAAAAUGCCGUCGAAUCGUAUAAGAUGCAUCCAUUUUUGAGAUUUCCAUCUGUGCGCAAAGUCAGUGGGUGGAAAGUCUCGGAGUCUGACAAGGAGGACGAGGACGAAGAUUCGGUGCCCGUGGAGGAUGAGAAUGACGAGCUCAACCCUAUUGAGCUCCUCAAGACUGUCAAACUCCCCCCCCGAUGCUCAAAUGUAACGCAUAUUGAUCUCUCAGCAACAAAUGCCGAGCAGGGAAUGCGAGAAUGGAUCCAGGCCUGCAAAGCACUAAAGUCUUUCCGGAUCAUCCAUGGUGGAGCAACGAUCUCAUGCAGUGACCUCCAGCCCCGCAAAAUAUACGAUUCCCUCUCACUGCACAAAUCUACACUCGAGGCUUUCUGGCUUGGGAACGAUGACUUCGGAGGAGGCGGUGAGAAUGAUGAGGAGUGGAUGGGAUCAUUUGUCGAUUUUUCUGCGUUGAAGUUUCUCCGUCUCAGCCUAUCCAACCUGGUGGGAUACAACGAACAAGAUUUACCUAAACAGAAUAUAAGAGAUGUUAUUCCCUCGUCGCUGGAGAUAUUGGUCUUGGACGUUGCGUGGGGGGGGAGUUCUGCGUCGUGUUGGAUGACUUGGCGGAGAUAG